AUGAAAAUGGCCUUCCCGAACCCUGACGACAUCUUGAACUUCACGCUUACGAUCGAGCCUGACGAGGGCAUGUAUAAGGGCGGUUCGUUCGUCUUCACCUUUGCCGUGAACCAGAACUUCCCGCAUGACCCGCCGAAAGUAAAAUGCACGCAAAAGAUAUAUCAUCCGAAUAUUGAUCUCGAGGGGAACGUUUGUCUUAAUAUUCUGCGCGAGGACUGGAAGCCCGUUUUGAAUUUGAAUGCGGUUGUUGUGGGGAUGCAGUUCCUCUUCCUCGAACCGAACGCUUCCGAUCCGCUGAAUAAAGACGCCGCGGAGGACCUACGGCAGAACCGCGAUGUUUUCAAGCGCAAUGUCCGGAACUCGAUGGGUGGGGGGAACGUCCGCAGCGUCUCCUUCGAUAAGGUAUUGCGAUAA